AACAUUUUGGUUUCAUUUGUUGUUCUCUUGUUUUCAUUUUUUUUCACCUUUCUUCUUCCGCUCUCUCUUACCUCACCUUAUCUCCAAAACGGCAAAACCCCAAUUCCCUCUAGGGUUUUAUCCUCAAACCCUAAAACCCCAUUUCAAAGUUUCCCAAUUCCACCCCAAAAUGCAACAACCGCCACCCCCAAACCCACAACCCAAAUCUACCACCACAAACCCCCAAAAGAAAAAAGCACCAUCUCCCCAAGAACUCAUCACCCACUACACCACUCAAGGUUUAGACCAAGAACAGGCCUCGCUCAAGGUCAUUGAAGAUCUCCAAAAUGUUCUUUUCAGAGUCAUUGCAUCCACCAACAAGAACAGAAAGGACAAGGUGAUGACUGAAACUUCGAAAAAGAUUGAUGUUAUUAACAACAGACUUGCCAUUCUCGAUAUGAAGGUCGAUUCAAAGCCCGGGUUUGCACAAACUUUUGGUCUUGGGAUUGUCUCUGGGGCGGCUUUGAAUGGAAUUGGGAGCGCAUUCCCUCAUGUUGUGAAGGGUUUUGGGCAAAUUUGGACUGCGGUUAGAACUGUAACUGACCCUUCUUCCUCUUCUAAUGGUCCUUCUUGAAUCUUGAAAUGUGUUUGUUUAUGCAAAUUUUAGUUCAAUCAUGUUAGAUUUUGUUAAUUAUUUUGCCAAGAGAUUUACAAUUUAUGAGUAAAGUUUUGAUUUUA